AUUAACACACAUAUACACCCCCUUACACAUUAUAACCUCCCUCAAAAUCAAUUCUAAAUCCAAAAUCUCUCCUCUUCUCUUCUAUUCAAUUAAACAACAAUUAUUCAAUAAUUUCCAUUAAGAAAACACUCGGCGGAUAUAUAGAUACAGAUAGAUAUAACUAUACAUAUACAGAAUCAGAACAACAACAAGAAGAAGAUAAUAUGGAGAGAAUGAGACCGCCGUUGCAUAAUUUCGAUUUACCGGUCUUAAAGUGGGGCAAUCAGAGGCUUCUACGUUGCAUGAAGGUUGAGGAUAUGUACGGCGAUGUGUCUGUCGGAAAUCGGAAGCGAGCGUCGGAAAGUUAUGGCGGCGGCGGUGGUGAUGGUGGUGGUUAUGUGACUGGAACGAGGCGGAGAGAAUCGAAGGUUAAUAAGCGGUUUAGAUCGAACGAUUAUAACUUUCCGUCGUCGGAGAAAUUGAAUCCGGUCGCCGGAGUUACCGGCGACGAUGAGAUCGAAGCGACUAGAGAGAAACUUAUGUUUGAUUUCCAAACGGAGGUAGAUAAGAUGAAGGAUGCUAUUCUACGAGAACGUUUAUCGGUUCCGACGCCGGCGUCGGUGGAGAAGCCGUGGAAUUUGAGGACUAGACGAGCAGCGUGUAAGGCUCCGUUAUCUCCUUCUAACGGAGUCAAAGUCAACGGUGACGGCGAGGCUUUGAAACCUAAUUUUACUUUUUCUCCGGUGAACAACGAAUUCAAAUAUCCAAAAUUCCGGCAAGCGAAUGGUGUCGGCGCCGUUGAAUCUACCAGUGGUGAGAAGAAGGAAAGACCGAAGUUUUCGGUAUUCUUAUCACGGAGUGAAAUGGAGGAUGAUUUUAUGGCGAUGACUGGCCGGAGAUUGCCACGUAAGCCUAAGAAACGGCUACGGGCUGUUCAAAGACUAGUGGAUACUGUGCAACCGGGAUUGUGGCUGCGCGAACCGACUCCAGAUCUUUACAAAGUUCUUGAUGAAGCCGAAACCGGAAAAAGAUAGAAUUAGGGCUAUGAAUGGUAAUGGAAAAGUAUGAUAUGAUUAAUAACAACUCGGGUAGGCGUUAAUGGUUGAAGGACGAAUUUGAUUUGAAGGAUUCGUGAUAAGAUCGUGGUGUAAGCUUCUAAUUUUGGUUCUAAUGCUAAUGUUCAUAAGUUUCAUACAUGUGUAUGUGUUUCUUUUGCUAUAGUUUUUUGUUGCUCAAUGGAAUAAAACUUAAUGAAUUUCACU